CCGGGGGUGAAAAGUAUGCAAACGGUCUCGACCCACACUCUAUGACAUGUACGUUUGACGGAACCAACUCCCCGUUCCACGUCGCUCGUCCCCAACGCCAUCUCUCCAUUGCAUUCUUCACCGAGCAUGAUCCCAUCUACCUCGUGGACCGAUGAGGAUUGGCGCGUGUACAUGGACACCCUUCCCUUUGACAAGAUCACCACGAAGAACCCACCCUUGAAGACGCUCAAGUCGGUACUGCCCUCGCCUGAUACUGUCCCCGAUGAUCCUCAUCCCGUCGCUGCCCUUGACGCGUCCCAUCCGGAGGACAUUCUUCUGCAGCCCGAGAAUAUGGCCGUGUUCAAGUGCGCGUAUCUUCCGCAUUCCCUUGACACCUGGGGCUGUGCACCGAAGGAGGAGGAGGAUGUAUGGCCGGCUUAUGGCUAUACACACCCUGGCGUCCGUUGCCGCAAUGUCGGAGCUGCGUGUACGGUCAUUGUCCGGAUCCAAGCCGUCGAUCAUAGUCCUUGGUCCAGUAUCGUCCUCGAUCCGUGUUGGCAUUGCGAGGUGAAGGGUCAAGCUUGCUCCGUGGCCAAGUCGGCGUUGUUCAAGGGUGGAGAAUAUCACCCGGCGCAAGCGCCGAGGCCGAGGCGAGAGCCAAAACGACGUCGCAUGGAGGUGUAUAAUGUAUGCAAAGAGGUGUGGUUAAGGCUGACGCUAGACAGGCCGGUGGACCAUCCGGCAGCGUCGAACCAGACGAAGCGAAUAGACCUACUACCAAUCUGCCAUCUAUCCCUGAAGGCAGCGAGGAGCCUGGUACGCCGAGCCUUGCAGACACGCCUAUCCCACUACGUUCCUCUGUCACCGACAUUUACAAGUCUCUCCACCUUUUGUCGACCUUUAUGCACGAUCAGCUGGAUCGACCAAGCUCUGAACGCUCCACUACCUUUGACGCGAUCCUCCAGGAUUGGAGACGGUCCUAUACUGGGCAGGAUCUGGUACGUGAUCUUGCAGAAGCGCGGGCGGAAGUGAAAGGGCUGGAAGACAAGGUAGUCAAGACCGAAUGCGAUCUCGCGGCGGCUCGUGUCCAGAUCGAAGAGCUGGAAAGAAGGAACGGGGUGUAUAGGCGGCAAGUACAGGUGGUCAGAGAGGCCGUAGGGGAGGACAUCUUGAACUGAGGGGUCACGGCAUGGCGACGACCUGUAGGUGUGGUGUUACGAUGCAUGGCUUCUUCCUUGAG